ACGUUUUGAUUGUUGUUUUGUUGUUGUGUUUAGUGAUUAUAAUCACUGAUUGAUUGAUUGGAUCACCGAUUAAGACAUUAUUUGAUUAACAAAAAAAUAAUAAUUUGUUGACAAAAAUAGUUUUGAUUAAUAACUAUAUUUGAAAACUGAAGACAAAAACAAUGACAGAGAAGACUGACGACGACUCGUUUGAUCGUUUCGGCGAUGAUUUGUGUCAACUAUUGCUUGAAUAUCUGCCGAUUGAUGACAAACUAAGACUACAAUCGAUGUCCAAACAGUGGUCGGCAUUGAUAUUCAACAGACAAACCAGUAUUACAUUAGACACAGAUCUGUGUAUUUCAAUUGAUUUACAAGCAAUGAAUGAAAGACAACGAAGAGUUAAGGUGUUUGCGGCGAUCAUCGAAAAGUGUCCAAACAUUGAACGGGUUGUCAUUAGUGACAAUAUCGGUAUAUUUGAUCAAAUUGUCGACUCAUUGAUCAAACACUGUCCGCGUCUCAAACACAUUAUCAUCGGUUAUCGUAACGAUAGUAACAAUUGGUUACAGUUUGGACCGGCUUUUGAUAAAUUAUUGGUCAAAUUUGGCCAACAAUUGCAAACACUUGAACUGAUGACACACAACGAUAAUCAUCAACUGGUGGUCAACAAAGUUAACCAAUAUUUGCCGCAACUGAAGAAACUGGAGAUCAAAGACAAUAUUAUGAAUUUCAUUGAUAUUUCUGAUUUAUUUACAAAUGAAAACAAUUAUUGUGUUUUACCGCAAACUUUACAGUCGCUGUCGUUUAGUUUGAAUUACGACAACACAACUAACGAUCAGUUUAGUCGGUUUGUAGCCGAUUAUGGCCACCGAUUGACUAGACUUGUCAUUAGUGUCGAGUUUGACUCGGAAAUAGAUGUCCAGUCAUUUGUUCGGUCAUUGUCACAGAUGUCACAACUAAGACGACUUCGGCUAAUUGUUGAUGAGUUUAAUACUAGAUUUAUUGGUGAACUAAUUGGCCAGAAAUUUUGUCGCCAAUGUCCACAUAUUAGUCGACUACUACUAUCAAUAUCAGAUGUCAAUGCAGUAACACAUACAGUGUUUAAUCAAUUGGUGGACACAUUGGGCAAAGAUCUGAAACAAUUGAAACGACUGACCAUUUCGUGUGAAGUCAGAAGAAACAAUGUUUCUGUUAGUUCUGCUGUCGAUAAUAAUACUAUUGUGGAACUAACCAGUGAUUCACUGAAACAUAUGAAACAAUUGACACAUUUGACACUAUCAUUGGGUGAAGGAGUUUGCGGCGACCAGUUUUUCCGCGAUAUUGACCGCCAUUUACCGCGACUUCAAUUCAUUUGCAUCGAUAGACCUAACAUUACUCCGGUGUCACUGCAAUCACUGUCCCGAUUGUCUCACUUAACUACCGUUCAAUUAGUUGAUUGCCAUAAUCCAGUUAUUGCCGACCACCAAAUUAUCGGUGAUCUGAUUUCUCGGCAACCGAUGGUCACCAAUGUUAACAUAUCGUUUGCCUAUACUUCUGAUAAUUUUAUUAGGGGUAUUGAUUUCAAACAUGCAUUUAUCUAA